UUUUAGUAGUGGCUGAGCUCACUUAACUUAGUAUGUACGCAUGGAUACCUACGUUGACAUCGUUAUGCAUAAUUGAGGAACUUAAAGGAUCAUUGAAGUUUUAAAUGAUAUAAAAUCACUUUUCCUCAAUUCUUAAUUUAUUUUCGACAGUGAUAGAUUGAGAGGUAAACACAUUGUUUCAUAAACAGAAUCUGUAAGCAUGUCUGUGUUUGGAGGACUGUUGAGGGACGCGUUGACCUUCUGUCAAUCAUCAAUGCUGAUGUGCACGAGACACUUCAGUACAGGCAGUUGUGCUAGAAUUCGAAUGCAUGCUAUUCCCAAACCAAAAGAGGUGGACCGAUGGACUGAGAAGAGGAGCAUGUUUGGAGUCUAUGACAACAUUGGGAUAUUGGGUGACUUUAGAGCCCAUCCAAAAGACUUGAUCAAAGGUCCUGUAUGGCUCAAAGGUUUCCAGGGAAAUGAACUUCAGCGUCUCAUCAGAAAGAAGCAGAUGGUUGGAGAUCGUAUGAUGACAGAGGAUCGGCAUAACCUGGAAAAGCGGAUACGCUUUCUCUAUCGCCGUUUCAACAGAUACGGCAAACACAGAUAGACUGAACGCUUGUGAAAAUGCCCCUUUAAUCUGUUUUAUAUUUCCUUUAUAUGUACUCAUGUGAAAUGAAUCAACUUUUUUUUGUUAAAAACAAUUGCAUUUACUGUACAUGGUUACCCAGGAUUUUCUCCAACAAAAAUUAAACUCAAAUGCUAAAUUACAGGUUUACCUUUAAAACAUUUAUUUAAAAAAAAUGUACAUGUGCCUUAAAAAAUUACUUUUCCCAAACACUCAAAAAAGAGAAAGAUUUUUUUGUAGCAUAGCAAACCAAUGUGGUAUAAUAACAUGGUGCAAAACUGCUCUGAGAUCAGUGAGAGAGAGAACUGGGACUGGGGAAGCCUGUGAACUGACCUUCAGUCAUCAUGGGGUGCUCAGAUUCAGUCUGUGAAGAAUAAAAACAAAUAUAAUUACUGUAA